GAAGAUCAUUGGUCUGGUUUCCCAUUUGAUGAACGCGUACUGUUUCCUCCAAUUCUUUGAUGGUCUUGUGUGUGUGUGCACAGGCAUCUUCUUGGGCACGGGCAAACAGAAGAUACCGGCUGUGGCCAAUUUCAUUGGAUACUACUGCAUAGGACUUUCAAUGAGCAUAGUUUUAACGUUUGUUGCCAAACUGAGAAUUUUGGGUUUUUGGCUGGGGCUGCUCAUUUGUGUCGUCUUGCAAUCCAUCUUCUACAUCACUGUCAUCUUCAAGCUCAACUGGAGGAGAAUGACGGAAGAGGCUGUGAAACGAGCUCAGAAAAAGACAGACAUAUUAUUACGCAAAGCUGCCCUGUCAGACGACCAGACAGCAAGUAAUGGGAACUCAGUGGAAAGCUACAUAUCUGUGGGCACUGAGUGCCAUGAUGGGAACACGGAGAGACAGGAUGGACAUGUGGUCCAGCUGAAGGGUGUCCGUCUCUCCACUACCCAGCUGAUCCUCAGGCGAGGCCUCACUGUGUUUGCAGCAGUUGCACUUCUGGCUAUGGGAGCGACUGUGCACUUCCUUGUGCCCUUACCAGAGACCCGGCCUUCGGAGGCCAACUUUACUUUGGACUGGAUCAACACGACAUAUAAUCCCGAUCAAAUUUUCUCCACUGCACUGGUCCCAAUUAACAGAUGA